UUUACCUGCAGUUGUUCACUUUUGUUGAAAGUGACCAUGUCUCAAGUUCAAGUGCAAGUUCAGAACCCAUCUGCUGCUCUCUCAGGGAGCCAAAUACUGAACAAGAACCAGUCUCUUCUCUCCCAGCCUUUGAUGAGUAUUCCUUCUACUACUAGCUCUCUGCCCUCUGAAAAUGCAGGUAGACCUAUUCAAAACUCUGCUUUACCCUCUGCAUCUCUUACACCCACCAGUGCAGCUGCAGAAAGCAUAACCCCUACUGUAGAACUAAAUGCACUGUGCAUGAAACUUGGAAAAAAACCAAUGUAUAAGCCUGUCGACCCUUACUCUCGGAUGCAGUCCACCUAUAACUACAACAUGAGAGGAGGUGCUUAUCCCCCAAGGUACUUUUACCCAUUUCCAGUACCACCUUUACUUUAUCAAGUUGAGCUUUCUGUGGGAGGACAGCAGUUUAAUGGGAAAGGCAAGACGAGGCAGGCUGCGAAACACGACGCCGCUGCGAAAGCUUUGCGGACCCUGCAGAGUGAGCCCCCGCCGGAGAGGCUGGAGGGGAGGCGGCCAGGCGAGCAGGUGAAUGGAAGAGAAUCAGAAGAAGAAAAUCUCAAUAAAUCGGAAAUAAGUCAAGUGUUUGAGAUUGCACUUAAACGGAACUUGCCUGUGAAUUUUGAGGUUGCCCGGGAGAGUGGCCCCCCCCAUAUGAAGAGCUUUGUGACCAAGGUGUCAGUUGGGGAGUUUGUGGGGGAAGGUGAAGGGAAGAGCAAGAAGAUUUCAAAGAAAAAUGCUGCUAUCGCUGUCCUCGAGGAGCUGAAGAAGCUACCACCCCUGCCUACGGUCGAGCGAGUGAAGCCCAGAAUCAAAAAGAAAACAAAAUCCAUAGUCAGGCUGCAGAGCAGCACAGACUGCGGCCAGGGGAUGAACCCGAUCAGCAGACUGGCCCAGAUCCAGCAGGCGAAAAAGGAGAAGGAGCCAGAGUACAUGCUCCUUACAGAGCGAGGCCUCCCGCGCCGCAGAGAGUUUGUGAUGCAGGUGAAGGUGGGAAACCAUACCGCAGAAGGAACAGGCACCAACAAGAAGGUGGCCAAACGCAACGCAGCCGAGAACAUGCUGGAGAUCCUUGGUUUCAAAGUCCCACAGGCUCAGCCCACCAAACCAGCCCUCAAAUCAGAGGAGAAGACACCAAUAAAAAAACCAGGGGAUGGAAGAAAAGUAACCUUUUUUGAACCUGGCUCUGGGGAUGAAAAUGGGACUAGCAAUAAAGAGGAUGAGUUUAGGAUGCCUUAUCUUAGUCAUCAGCAGCUGCCCGCGGGGAUUCUUCCCAUGGUGCCCGAGGUUGCCCAGGCCGUAGGAGUCAGUCAAGGACACCACACCAAAGAUUUCACCAGGGCAGCUCCGAAUCCGGCCAAGGCCACGGUAACUGCCAUGAUAGCCCGUGAGUUGUUGUAUGGGGGCACCUCGCCCACAGCCGAGACCAUUUUAAAGAAUAACAUCUCUUCAGGCCACGUACCCCACGGACCUCUUACAAGACCCUCUGAGCAGCUGGACUAUCUUUCCAGAGUCCAGGGAUUCCAGGUUGAAUACAAAGACUUCCCCAAAAACAACAAGAACGAGUUUGUAUCUCUUAUCAAUUGCUCCUCUCAGCCACCUCUGAUCAGCCACGGUAUUGGGAAGGAUGUGGAGUCCUGCCAUGACAUGGCUGCACUGAACAUCUUGAAGUUGCUCUCGGAGUUGGACCAACCGAGUACAGAGAUGCCAAGAACAGGAAAUGGACCAAUGUCUGUGUGUGGGAGGUGCUGAACCUUUUCUGGCCACCCCAACAUAUAUACUGAAAAUACUGAAACUGCUUUGAGAAUUUGGAAUUUCUGAUACCUCCAGUGGGCUGAGAGACGUGCUGGGUAAAGAACCAGAGGCGGCAGUGGUGACGAAGACGGGAACACAAGGAGGCGGCCGUGGCUGCGCUCGCGGGUGCUGUUUUGUCCCCACACACGGGCAGCUGCUGGGGGGCACGGCGGGGCCUGCCAUGUGGCCCCAGACCCCUCGGUGCUUGGCUGUGGCCACUGCUGUUUGGGCUGUGUGAAGGAAACCGGGAACAGAGCACGACCCUUUCUCAGAGUGGCUCACUCAAACCCUUGGGACACACCCUGGACACCCACGCCGGGGAGCGGGGCCGUAGACCAGCCCCAGAGCCGAAAGCACCAGAGAAAAUCAAAUGCUUCCUACUCAGCGCCAACUAACCAUUCUAGUGUGCUCUGGCCCCCGCCUCCGUGGCACCCGCACUGUCAUCACCACUGCUUUCUCUCCCAAAAGAGAUUACAUAUUCUUAGUUUUAUUAUUUUCUUUUGACUGAAAUGACACUAUAUAAAUUUUCAUCUGAGAGUUUCUCAAUUGUAUCUAGUUACAUAGCACAGUUUAGAAACUUGUCUGAGACUGACUCUAUCAGUAAUCCAAUCAGCAAAGAUCAUAUCCGUGUGUAUGUGGUUACACGUUUUGACUUUAUUGGACUAACCCGGGACUGUUUCAGUGAUGCAAACUGUGUGCCCUCCGGUUUAGCCGAAACAGUCCUGGACUUCUCAGAGUCCUUGAUGAAGUCUCCCACGGUUGUAUAAAUUGGACAGUUUAGGAAUUUUAAACUUUAAUGAUCAUUUGGUUCCUUUUCUAUUUUAUUUUUGUUAAUGCAACAGGACUUAAACAAAUGAACUUUGAUCUUUGUUUUAAAGAUUAUUAAAAAAAAAUUGUACAUACAUACGGCUCUUGAGGACACGUAGCUUUCACUACACUACAGGAUAUGGUCUCCACGUAGUACAUAUAAACCCGCAGAUGGAUUUCCUUGAGUGCUUUGUACUGUUGAUUACAUCUCCAUGUAGGGCUGAAAAGAAUGACCCAUGUUUAUCUCAGAAACUGUGUUGCUUUUGAUGUUGUGUUACUGGGCACGGAAGCGUGUGCAGUUAAGGUCCUGCAUAUGGUCCAGAUGAAAAGCACCGUAGCCUUGCGAGUUAAGUACCGCUUCAAUUCAUUGUUUACGCUGGAAUUUUUUCUCCCCAUGGAAUGUAAGUAAAACUUAGUGUUUGUCACCAAUAAAUGGUAAUACUAAA